GCGCCGGUCCCUGUUCCCGCCGCCCCACCGUUGGCGCCGGGCACUCGGCUUCCGGCGGCGUCGGGCGGGGCCGCCCCCGGCAGGGCCCUUUUCCCAGGCGGACCCGCCCACCUCAGAGGCGAGCAGGCGGCCUCCCUCAGAGGACGGCGGCCGGGCGGCGCUGGGUGCUGGGUGCUGGGUCCGCCCGCGGGUUCGGGGCGGGGACGCGGCUGGACGGAGGUAUAUCUUUCCAGGACUCCACUCAUUCCAGAGAGGGUAGCCCAGAGUGAGAGAUUAUGGCUACUAUGGUUUUUUCAGCUGGACCUCUGAGUCCUGAAGUUUUCCAGCCAGAUGAAGGCCAUCACCUUCAAGCAGAAGAACCAGAAUUGGUAAAGGAAUUGGUGACAUUUAAAGAUGUGGCUAUAGACUUCACAUUGGAAGAGUGGAGGUUGAUGGACCCCACACAGAGGAACCUACACAAGGAUGUAAUGCUAGAGAAUUAUAGGAAUCUUGUCUCCUUGGGGCUUGCAGUUUCCAAACCAGACAUGAUAUCUCAUUUGGAAGAUGGGAAAGGACCGUGGGUGGUAGUGAGAGAGAUAUCAAGAACCUCCAAUCCAGAGUUGGGGACCAAAUCUACAACCAAGAAUACUAUACUACCAGAGAAUAUUUUUGAAGAACAUUUUCCACAUGAUACCGUAGUAGAGAAACUCACAGAAAAUGACCUCUGGGACACCAGAAUGGGAGAAUUAUGGAAAUGGAGUGACAGGAUAUUGAGAUUGCACAAUAGUGAGGAGAGUCAUUUGAGUCAAGGAAUAGUUACACACAAGAAAAUUCCCAUGAUUCAAAAAGGCUUUAGGUUUGGAUUUAUUCCUUUUCUAGAACCGGGAGUUAUCACAGAAGAGUCCCACAGCAAAUACCAAACACAUGAGGAAAUUUUCACAGAGAAUUUAGAUUUGAUUACAGAUACCUGUUUGGGGAAGAAAAUUUCCAAGGAUACAAAAGGCAGCAAAAUCAUAAGCCCUGCUUCAGAACUCACUUUAGGGGAAAAAAACAAUAAUAAAGAAAAACCUUAUAAAUGUAGUACGUGUGAAAAGGCCUUCCGUUAUAGGUCGUUACUCAUUCAACAUCAGAGAACUCACACUAAAGAAAAACCUUACGAAUGUAAUGAAUGUGGGAAAAUGUUCAGCCAACCUUCAUAUCUUAGUCAACAUAAAAAAAUUCACACUGGAGAAAAACCCUAUAAAUGUAGUGAAUGUGGAAAGGCCUUCAUUGCUUCUUCAUCACUUAUGGUACACCAGAGAAUUCAUACUAAGGAGAAACCUUAUCAGUGCAAUGUCUGUGGAAAAUCUUUUAGCCAGUGUGCCCGCCUUAAUCAGCACCAGAGAAUUCAAACUGGAGAGAAGCCCUAUAAAUGUAGUGAAUGUGGAAAAGCUUUUAGUGAUAAAUCAAAACUUGCAAGACAUCAGGAAACUCACAAUGGUGAGAAACCCUACAGAUGUAAUGAUUGUGGGAAAGCCUUUAGGAAUAAGUCUUAUCUUAGUGUACAUCAGAAGACCCAUAAUGAAGAGAAACCAUAUAAAUGCAAUGAGUGUGGGAAAUCUUUCAAAAAUACAACAAUCUUUAAUGUUCAUCAGAGGAUUCAUACCGGAGAGAAACCCUUUAGAUGUAAUGAAUGUGGGAAAGCCUAUAGAAGUAACUCAAGCCUAAUUGUACAUAUAAGAACUCAUACUGGGGAAAAACCAUAUGAAUGUAACAAAUGCGGGAAAGCAUUCAAUCGUAUAGCAAAUUUCACAGAACAUCAGAGGAUUCAUACAGGAGAAAAACCCUAUAAAUGUAAUGAAUGUGGGAAAGCAUUCAUUAAUUAUUCAUGCCUUACUGUACACCACAGAAUGCAUACAGGAGAAAAACCUUAUAAAUGUAAUGAAUGUGGAAAGGCCUUCAUGCGUUCUUCAUCUCUAAUUAUACAUCAGCGGAUUCAUACUGAAGAGAAACCUUACCUCUGUAAUGAAUGUGGGGAAUCUUUCAGAAUAAAAUCACACUUAACUGUACAUCAGAGAAUUCAUACUGGAGAGAAACCAUAUAAAUGUCCUGACUGUGAGAGGGCGUUUACCAAGAUGGUAAAUCUCAAGGAGCACCAGAAAAUUCAUACUGGCCUAAAACCCUACAAGUGCUAUGAUUGUGGAAAGUCCUUCAGAACUAAGUCAUACCUUAUUGUACAUCAAAGGACUCAUACUGGAGAAAAACCAUAUAAAUGUAAUGAAUGUGAGAAAGCUUUCACUAAUACAUCACAGCUUACUGUGCAUCAAAGAAGGCAUACUGGAGAAAAACCCUAUAAAUGUAAUGAAUGUGGGAAAGUUUUCACAAGUAACUCAGGCUUUAAUACUCAUCAAAGGACACAUACUGGGGAAAAACCCUUUAAAUGUAAUUACUGUGGUAAAGCAUUUAGCCAGAUGGUACAUGUCACAGAACAUCAGAAAAUCCAUAGUGGAGAGAAACCCUAUAAAUGUGAUGUCUGUGGAAAAGCCUUUAGGAGGGGUUCAUACCUUACAGUGCAUUGGAGAACACAUACUGGAGAAAAACCCUAUACAUGUAAGGAAUGUGGGAAAGGUUGUAUUACACUAUCACAGCUAACUCUACAUCAGAGAAUCCAUACUGGAGAGAGGCCCUAUAGAUGUGAAGAAUGUGGGAAAGCCUUUAGAACUAACUCAGACUUUACUGUACAUCUGAGGAUGCACACUGGAGAAAAACCCUAUAAAUGUAAUGAAUGUGGAAAAGCCUUUAGGAGUAGCUCAAGCCUUACUGUACAUCAGAGAAUACAUCAGAGAGAAAUUCAGUUACAUUAGGGAACAGUAAAUUAUCAUCCAGAUGUUAAAAAUCUUAUAAACUAUAUUUUAUGAAUGGAAUUUUUCAGGAGCAAGUUGCCAGAAAAUACACACCGAGGAGACACUUAAGAAUGUAGAAAAGCUAUUGGUCAUAGAAGUUAUAAGAAAAUUCAUAAUAAAAAGGGUAAAUGGAAGCUUCAUCCAAAUUUCAUAUUUUAUUCGUUUAACAAAUUAUCUUCAAUGAAUUGCCUACAUAUAUUUUUGCCUGUUUUCCUAUUCGUUUGUCUAUUUCUUAAAAUCUGGAGGUGCUCUUAAUAUACUUGAAAUAUAAUCCUUUGUCAUGUGUCUUUAAAUGUUUUUCUUAACCUGGUAUUUCUUUAUACUUUUUUAUAUCGUGUAAGAUUUUAAGCCUUUUUUAACAGUGAAGUAUUUUCAUCUUUUCCUUUUUAUAUUCUUGAUUUUCACUUUUUGUUAAAAAGAUCUCCCUUAAUUUACAGGUUAUAUAUAGGAUCCAAAAUUUGUUUCUAAGAUUUUGAUAAUUUUAUUUUUUUACAUUUAAGUUUUAAUCCACAUGAACUAGAUGACUAUUUAGAACAACUCCAGAUGCAUUAACCUAUGAAAAUUAUGAACGUAAGUAAAUAAUACUCAGGGAAAUGCUAAUUAAAACAACCAGUGAGAUGGUACUUCCACUUCAUGAAGUUAAGAAAAAUUAAGAGAACUUUUGCUAGUGGAGUUUGGAAAACUGCAUGUACUCUUACGAAGCGAUUAUAUCAGCUUAUAUUUCCACCGGCAAUCCAGCAAUAUAUAUUUCAGUUUUUACUUACAAACCUUAAAUAAGAGCACUUUGACCCAGCCAUCUCUAUUUUUGGGAAUUGGUCCCACAGAAAUGAUAGCAUCAGUGCAAAAGAAUAUGCAUGAAUGAGGAUAUUUAUAAAACUAUUGUUUGUAAAGACAAAAGAUCCAACUGGAACAAAGUGAAUGCCAACUAAUAGGGCAAUGGGUCAAUAAAUUGUGAUGUAUCCAUACCAUAGAACAGCAUGAGAGUAAUUUUUUAAAUGAGUUAUAUCUAUACUACUUGGUUUCAAGGUACUUCCAUAAUUUUUUAUCAAUAAUUGCUUUAUUACAGAAAUGAAGUAUAUGUAGAAGUUUUUGUUUUUGUUACGAUAAUGAUCAUGCCCAUUUAUGCAUAUAUGCAUUAUGUGAUAGAUGACCAUGGAAACAAGUAUGGAAGAAUAUAUACCAGGCUGUUAAUACUGGUUACCUUGGAGGAAGAGAGAAAAGGAAAAGUAGUGAGGUGAGUCGGGGAAAGACUAGGAAAAUAGAAAAGUGUAAAUGUAGUAUGUAUGGUAUAAACUGCAUUUGUAUGAACUUUAGAAAGCCAUGAAUGAAGGGACAGUCUCUAAAAAGAACAACCAUUAUUUCCGACUUGGAGAAUCCAGUGGGUUUUGUUUAUUUUCUGUGCUUUUGUGUAGUUUAAAAUUUUUCUUUGCCGUGAGCAUGUAACAUUUAUAUAAACAUGAAAAACCUA